AUGCCACAAGGCUGGAAUAGGGGGACAAGAAAAGAGGUAACACCUGGGCAGAUAAAAAACUUCACUUUUAGAAGGGACAAAAGGUUGAGGAAGGUCACAAAACGAGAUACUGCUUUAGAUCAGGUUGUACCUCUAUUUAUUGAAGACUGCCAGUUAACCAAGAAUCAGGUAAGUAAGAUUGAAAUUUCAACUAGAGGUCAAAACAUCAACCAAACAUGGUUUGAACAAAGGAAAGGCAGGGUUACUGCAUCAAAAUUUCAUCAAGUGGCCACAAAGAGUGAAUCACUGAUAAAAAAACGAGGUAAGAAGGUAAAUACUUAUUCUCCUUUGGUUUUCCGGCUGCUUGGUAAGUCAGCUGAUCUAUCCCAUCAUCCACAGAUUGAAUGGGGUAGAAUAAACAAAAAAGAUGCUAUACAAGCAUUUAUUUCAGACAUAGCCACUCAACAUCUGCGAUUGUUGUCCCCCACAACUAUUGAGAUAAAGUGUCCAUAUAAAGUUAGGGACAAAGAUAUCUUUGACAAAAAUGUUGUCAAGGAGGUAGAUUUCUUAGAAUCUGCUGAAGGCCAGCUGAGGUUGAAAUGUUCACAUGAGUACUAUUCUCAGGUGCAAGGGCAAAUGUGGGUAUGUGGCAUGCAACAGUCGUAUUUUAUUGUAUGGACCUCUGUUAAAAAACCUCUUUAUGAGAAAAUUUUAUUUGAUGCUGCAUACUGUGAGUCACUUGUUCACAAGCAAAACAUCAUGCCUGAUUAG